AUGGAUACAUUAAUAGGCUUAUUGAGAAAAACUUUUAGAGUAAUUCAAUUUUCUAAUGAAUUUGGACCGACUGAUAACAUGGAACUUGUUGUUCUUCCAUCCCGAAGCAGUAACCAACAAUCAACAAUUUCAUUGACAGAAGUAGGAAAUUUUCAGCUUGUCGAGAAUUUAUCAAGCUUCUUUAAGUCCGUUGAGAUAUCACCUUUGGCGAAAGAAUCCAACAAAGUGUUGCUAUUUAAGUUAAAAAUUGAAGAGAUUUUAUUCAAACCAAGUGUUGCCGAGCUGGAUGAAUUAGCUGAAUUAUUUGCAAAUAAUUCUAUUGUUAUUUUGUUAUCGACAAAAGAUGGCAAAAACUUCUUUCUUUAUUGGAAGUCGAAAGAAAUUCGAAACUUUUUGAUGCUUAAAAUAUAUAACGAAUGUGACUUUAUGAACGAUUUGAGGCUUUUUGAAUUUCUCGCAAAAUUUUUAUCUAAUGGUUUAAUGCAAGGACAUUUGGGACUUCAUAGUGCACUUCCAAUCAAUUCUACAACAAAUGCAUUUGAGCUUCAUCUAUUAGCUGAUCAUCGCAACUACAACUUACUGCUAAUUGCUGCUGAACAAGGAAACCAAUUCGUCGUUAAUUUCAUGCUGGAUGGAGGUUUUAGUACUGAAUCAUAUGAUGCAAAUGCACAAACUUUAGCUUAUAACAACAAACAUUUCGAAAUAUUACUUUCACUUUUAAAAUCCAAUUUACCAUAUCCUGAAAGUAUUAAAAUGAAUGAAUGUCCAAAUGACAUUAUUGAAUUUUAUGAAGUCACUGAAAGUUUAAAUGAAGCCAUGCUGUUAGGAAAUUUGUCUACAGUUUUAGAAAUUUUGUCACUAAAUCCAGAAAUGCUGCAUUUUUAUAAUUUAUCAAAUGAAUCCGCUCCAGUUUUUGCAUUAAGGAACAAGUUAUGGGACAUGUAUGCUCUGUUAAUAUCCAAAGACAUAAAGUUUGGUCGACAAGAAAAUUUCAGUGAAAUAAAGGAUAAAUUAAAGGAUAGUGAGCAUAAUUCUGUUGUAUAUCCAAUGUUAGAGUCUCAUUUAAUAUCGAAUAUGCUCAAACAAGAAUCACUGAAUUUCAGCAGUUUUCACAUGCGGAAUUUGGAAAGUUUAGUAACUCACAAUUGGAAAAAUAUGACUUCAAUGUUAAGAGAAAAAGUUUUAGCUUCAAGUUUGAAUUUUCAAGGUCAAAUUUUAAAUUUUGAAGAAUUAAACAAAUCAUAUCCUAAAGUUUUGGAUCAUUUAAGUUCCGAUCAGAUUAUUGAUAUUCUUGAUGGAAAAAUUAUAUCCGUUCACAAAAUGAUGAAAGAAGAAAGUUUUUAUGUUGAAAGGAAAUUUUUGGAUGAAAAUAUUAAUGCAAUCUUUUUCGAAUUCAUGGAAUAUGUUAAAGGUGAUGAAUUAAAUGGAUGCUUUUCUUCAAAUUUAACUGGAACAAGCAAAACAUUUGAAGAUUUUUAUAAGGAAUUUACGAACCAAAGCAUUCCAUCGCAAAUCAAUAGAUUCAAUCAGAUAAAGCAAGAUGAGAUUUUCAAGAAAUGCAAAACUUCUCAAUUUUGGAUUAAAAGUGAAAUUAAACUUGGUAAACAUAAUUAUAUGUACAAAGUGACUGAUCAGCUUUCUUUGCAUACAUCAAUGCAUUUAAAGUUUGAGCAAAUUCUCGAAAUUGCGAAUAAAUUUAAAAUGUUUAUUUUAUCAGCCGUAGCUGGAUCAGGAAAAUCUCAAACAUUUAUGCAAUUUGCGACUAGAAUUAAAGAGAAAUAUCCAAUGCGAUGGAUAACUUAUAUCGAUUUGAAAGAUUAUAAGAAUUUUGAUUUAAAUGUCACAAAUUUACAAGAUGUUCAGGAAUUGCUCGAAAGAUUUUUCAACCUUAGUUCUAAGAAUGAUUUUGAGAAAGCAAUUUUUGAUACUUUAUUUGAGUCUGGAAAUGUCAUUUUAUUAUGGAAUGGUUUUGAUGAAAUUGCCCCUACUUAUAGCAAUGCAGUCAUGACAAUCCUUAACAUAAUCAAGAAUAAUUCUAAAAUUAUUCAAUUCAUAUGCACAAGACCUUUAUAUUCUGACCUAUUGGGAAAUAAUUUACAAUCUAAAACUUAUACAUUUCUUCCUUUCGAAAAAGAAGAACAGAAAAAUUUUGUAAAACAGUUUUUCAUUUCACAAAAUUUUGAUGAAAAAACAAAAAAUUUUUCAGGUUAUCUCGAAAAAGUUGAAAAAAUUGUGAUUUCAACGUCACCUGAAGUUGGUUUUGAUACUCCACUAAUGCUUUUAAUGAUUGCUGAACUGAUUUUAAAUGAUGCUGAUAUUUAUGAAUCAGAAAAUUUGUAUGAAAUUUAUCGAAAAUUUGCUGAGAAAAAAUUUGAAAUUUGGAUGGAAAAUGAAUUUGCGAAAAGCUUCUUGAAAACAAUUUUGCUCUCUGAUUUUAACAUGAUGAAGCUUUAUCAAUCAUAUGCUAUUAAAAAUGAAUUUUUAAGGAAUGAUAAAUCUAAAAUAUACUUAUUUAGAUUAACUCUCAUGAAUCAAAAAAUACCAGAAAAUUUGACAAAUGAUGAAAUAUCUAGAAUGGGAAUUUUGCAUAUUAAUGACAAAAGAAAUUUUAAAUUUACUCACAAAACAUUUUCUGAAUUCUUCGUUGUUCAAUAUUUGAUUGAUAAUAUUUACAAUGCGCAUGAUGAACCUUCCGAUGACGAAGCAGAAUUAAGAAUAUGGUUAUUUUUUGAAUCAAUCACACGUCCUGAUAUCAAAAGAUUUAUUAACGCUUUCUAUAAAACUAAAAAUGCAAACGAAUCAAAUCGUUUUGAUUUGCAAAUUGGAAAAGUUUUAAAGACAAAAUUUAAGAAACUUUUAUUCUAUAACUUAGAACAAUUUGAUAUAAAUAAAUUUAUCUUUUUGCUUAAUUUCUUUAAAAAAGAUCGAAAUGUUCUUAAGACUUUACUUCAAAUUGAUGAAAAUGAAACAUUUUAUACUGCAUUGUUCAAUUUUGCCCAUGUGGAAUUUUUAAGGGAGGAUAGAUUAUCGAUUAAAAACAUUUUGAAACCUUACUUGACUGACGAUGAAUUUAAGCAGUUAAUUAAUGGUAGAAAUCAAAAAGGGAUAAUUUUAUUUAGUGUUUAUUGCUUAAGAUAUAAACAAUAUGUUGGCAUUGACUUAUCUCAUGAUACUUAUAAACUAGAUGAUCAACUUCUAAUUAGCACUGAUCCAUUUUAUGUUUUUGAAUCUAUUGCAAAGAAUUUAACCAAAGCAGAGUUAAAAGAACUUUUAGAAUCAAAAAUAGUUUCUGAAUCUAUUCAGUUACAAGAUGGAUCAAAACAUGACAUUUUCAAUGAUAAAAUGUGGAAUAUAAUUGAAAAAUGUUUUAACAAAUUUGAGCAAAAAGAAAUCCUAGAAAAUAUUUUUCCUUAUUUUGGCAGUCAAAAUAUUUUGAAAUUCGUGCUUAACAUGACUAAAGUUUAUGAAUCCUAUUUUAGUGUGAAAGAAAUCCAGGAAAUUAUUCUUUCACUUCCAUCUGAUUACAAUCUAAAUCUUAUUGCAAUUGGAUCAUUCAAACGAUUUGAAAUGUUUGUUUUAUAUUUAAAAAAAAUUUUCUUUGGCAACGAGGAAGUUUUGAACAAAUUUCUAAUGAGAAACAUCGAACCAAUGGAUGUUAAUAUUUUAGAAAUGUUGGAAGAUUCAAAUGUUGCUCCUAAUGUAAUUGAAUCUGUAUCUAAUCUUUUGAAUAUAACGUCAAAAAUGAGUUCUGUAGAGACAUCAUUGAUUGAAUUUAAUUAA